AUGGAAAUUAGAGGUCCAGCUAUGAACUCGCCCAGCACAUCUGCAUCAACCGCUACCAACGAUUUACCUCACUUAUCAGGGAGUGAUGUGGACGAGUCUUUAGAAAGCUGGCAACACGGUGAUUACACUGCAUUAAAAGACACCGUGCCGCAGAAUAUUAGCGUGCUCGUCACGCGCUCGCUGCGACGUCGCGGCGAGCUCGCGGAACCAGCCAACUACGAGUUCUCCUACAAAGUGAGCGACUACGAGAGCGGAAGGGACUUUGGCCACGCGGAAAACCGGCACGACGAUAAAGCAGAAGGGACGUACUUUGUCGUACUUCCUGAUGAAACCAAACAGGUGGUAGAGUACGAGGCUGAUGAAGAUGUAUUCAAGCCAAGGAUCUCGGUAAUACCAGCAGACACCAGCUGCAUCUAG